UAGGCCAUCCCAUCCCAGGGGGCCUGGACACCACCCUCAUCUGCCCAGCUACUCUCCCAGAUCUCUCCAUCUCCGAGGCAAGGGCCCCCCGCCCCGGGUCAGCUCAGCACCCCACUCUGCUCCUGGGUUCUCCUCUAUCUAGUCCCUCCCUCCUCUUUUGCCUAUUGGAACUGGGGUGGGGCUUCUGGGUGGCUGAGCCCCGCCCCCCAUCCAAUCACAGUGCCUGCUCCCGGAGGCUGGGCCGAAGGGCUGCCCUCCAAGCUGCUAGCCCUGUUAGUAGGCUCCCAGCUGGGGAUGAUGCGCUGCUGCUGCUGCUGCUGCUGCUGUCACCACCAGCAACCGCCCUGUGCGCUAGGGCUGUUGCUGUUGCUGCUGCUGUCGCCCCUCGCAGCAGCUGCAGCGGGCGCAGGCCGCUGCGACACCAUAUACCAGGGCUUUGCUGAGUGUCUCGUCCGCUUGGGAGACAGCAUGGGCCACGGAGGCGAACUGGAGACCAUCUGCAGGUCUUGGAAUGACUUCCACACCUGUGCCUCGCGAGUCCUAUUGGGCUGCCCAGAGGAGGCAGCCGCCGUGUGGGAGUCACUACAGCAAGAAGCUCGCCGGGCCCCACACCCAGAUAACUUGCACACUCUCUGUGGCACCCCUGUGCGCCUUCAGGAGCGCGGGGUGGGCCCAGAGACCAACCAGGAAACCCUGCGGGCGACAGCGCCAGCGCCCACCCCGGCGCCCACUCCCACGCUGCUGGCAGCUGCUCUGGCACUGGCCUGCCUCCUGGGGCCCCUGGCCUAGCCAGUCCAGUUGGGUAGUGAUGCCCCCGCCUCCAGCCUUGCUCUGGUGGCUGCCAUCGGCCUCCUCAGAGCACACUUGGCUUUCAUUAAAGGUAUUUAUAUUUGUACUAAGUUCCUUCCUUUCUUUCUGCUGAGGCCUGCUUGGCUGGGGUUGAGGCCUCCAGAAACUGAUCCCCAAGAUGACAUGGGCGGAGCUGAAGGCCGCCACAGGGGACUCAGUCUUUCUCCUCACAAACACUCAUUUCCCAGGGGCAGGGCAGAGCUUUCCACUGCCAGCAGGUUCCAAGAGUUCUGUCCGGGAAUGUCUCUCUCUCUGUUCUCCCAGGCUGGCACUCCUACCUUCCUGGCCCUCCCGUGCUGGCCUGUAGGGGCCUUGUGAGGUGGUGGAGCGUCCCCAUCCCCACCCCCAGCCAGUCCACCCCUCUCCCAGCUUCCAGGCUCCUGACCAUCUCACCUCAUGCUCCCCCUGCUGAACUACCCCCUUAGCCUUCAAGACACAGCUCAGAUUAAGUACCCUUUCCUCUCCUUCUCUGGGGUCAUGGUUCAUCUGAUGGGAGCCUGUUCCAGAAGACGGGGAACCCCCUGUUGGAGUCGACGUUGGAGUCUCUGAGGUGACCGGGAGCGGCAGAAACUGGGUCACAGUGAGGGUCCUUCUGUCCUCUGCUCUGCACAAGCUUGUUCUCUGAGAAGAGGUGUGCUGCAUGAGGUCAGAGAAAUCCCGGAGGACUUUCUAGAAGCACAGAUGAAUGUGCCAUGUGUGAGGAGCCCCUGUUCCUCAUGGUGGAGAAGAAGAGCGAGAAUCAGCAUGAGCAGAAUCCUGAGGGAAGAAGAAGGCCUCGGAGAGGGAGCGACCCUCUACCAUCCCUGCCAGGACCCUCCACCAAGUUCACCCCCACACGACUUGAGUGAACACUGCCAUGGCCUGCUCACUGGCUUCUACUCUCACUCCCUCUACUUUAUUCUCCAUUGAAAAACUGAUCCCGAUAUUAAACUCUUUUUCAUUGUC